AUGAACUUUAAGUGUGCGCCCCCCCUCUUCUCUAUACCGCUCCUGGCUCUCUAUUCGCGUGACUCUCAGCUACGCCCGAGGAAACGGUCAAACACAUCUGCGCCGACAGAGGUCUUCAACGAUUACACCCAACCUCGGACCGCGACACCUACCUGGCAGCCCACGCGCGGCUUCACAGCUUUGCUGAUCUCCGCUUCUAACGACCCUCUCAGGUUCAAAAGAAACAACAAGCAGGUCCGUCUCCGACGUCUAGAAAAGGUGUGGGGGGGUGUUUUAGGUUGA